UGUUGGCCAACAGUCCUCGGGACUUGGGCUUUGGGCGGAGUCAAAGCCUUAGAGGUCCUCUCUGCGUGGGCGGGGAAGAGAGGCUGUAGGUGUAACCAGCGGCUCCCGGCACGUAAAGUAGUGAAGUGUCAGCACUCUUCCCGCCCCAGCUUUCAGUGCCCCCUCGGUUUGCAGUCGGGCUCACAGGCCCAGGAAGGGAAAGACAUGCCCAGGACUCAUAUAUACUGCAGGCCGCUUGAGAAGUAAGUGCCUGAACCCUUGUUGAUAAAUGCUUAGGGAGAAAAUGUGCUGGAAACAGCCUGUGAAAAGGCAGCGAGAAGAAUGAAACACAGAGAGCCAGGAACGCAGCACAGAAAAAGAGAGUGCCUGAUGCCAUCACCGCUAAAGAGAUGUUUGCUGAAUGAAUGAACUGCUUAUAGUUUGCUGCUUCAACAAGUUGUCCCAUAACCUGUGUCUGCUGGUGCUUUUCCUUUGCCUAGAAUACCUUUCCCUUCCUCAUCUGGCUCAUUCCUAAAGACUCAUCCGUCACAGGGGGUGCAAGUUCGAUACCUGGUUGGGGAGCUAAGAUCCCAUGUGCCUCACAGCCAAAAAAACCAAAAGGAAAUGAAGCCAGAAUCCACAGAUGUCAUUAUCCAUCUGCACGCUUUUGUUUACUACCCAGAAGGCAAGAAUAUUGCAUUUUAAAAGUGUUCGGACUUUUGUUCUUUCUUAUCACAAAUGACUUGAGAAGAUCUGACCAUUCACAGUUACCCUGAGUGGAAGUGCCAAAGACUUGCUUCUUGGAGCGCUUUGAGAUUCAGGUACCAUUAUGGUGAUGAUCACUGUGACAGGGGAGCGGAGAGGGAAAAUUGGGGGGGCUGCAAAAACCAGGGAGACCUGUUAAAAAUUAUAAUACAAGAGAAAUUAGGGAAACACUCCUAUUUACCACUGCAACAAAAAGAAUAAAAUACCUAUGAAUAAACCUACCUAAGGAGACAAAAGACCUAGAAAACUAUAAAACACUGAUGAAAGAAAUUAAAGAUGAUACAAACAGAUGGAGAGAUAUACCACGUUCUUGGAUUGGAAGAAUCAACAUUGUGAAAGUGACUAUACUAUCCAAAGCAAUCUACAGAUUCAGUGCAAUCCCUAUCAAACUACCAAUGGCAUUUUUCACAGAAUUAGAACAAAAAAUUUUACAAUUCAUAUGGAAACACAAAAGACCCCGAAUAGCCAAAGCAAUCUUGAGAAAGAAAAACGGAGCUGGAGGAAUCAGGCUCCCUGACUUCAGACUAUACUACAAAGCUACAGUAAUUAAGACAGUAUGGUACUGGCACAAAAACAGAAAUAUCGAUCAGUGGAACAGGAUAGAAAGCCCAGAGAUAAACCCACGCCCAUAUGGUCACCUUAUUUUUGCUAAAGGAGGCAAGAAUAUACAAUGGAGAAAAGACAGCCUCUUCAAUAAGUGGUGCUGGGAAAACUGGACAGCUACAUGGAAAAGAAUGAAAUUAGAACACUCCCUAACACCAUAUACAAAAAUAAACUCAAAAUGGAUUAAAGACCUAAAUGUAAGGCCAGACACUAUAAAACUCUUAGAGGACAGCAUAGGCAGAACACUCUUAUGACAUAAAUCACAGCAAGAUCCUUUUUGACCCAGCUCCUAGAGAAAUGGAAAUAAAAACAAAAAUAAACAAAUGGGACCUAAUGAAACUUAAGAGCUAUUGCACAGCAAAGGAAACCAUAAACAAGAUGAAAAUACAACCCUCAGAAUGGGAGAAAAUAUUUGCAAAUGAAGCAACUGACAAAGGAUUAAUCUCCAAAAUUUACAAGCAGCUCAUGCAGCUCAAUAUCAAAAAAACAAACAACCCAAUCCAAAAAUGGUCAGAAGACCUAAAUAGACAUUUCUCCAAAGAAGAGGUACAGAUUACCAACAAACACAUGAAAGGAUGCUCAACAUCACUAAUCAUUAGAGAAAUGCAAAUCAAAACUACAAUGAGGUAUCACCUCACACCAGUCAGAAUGGCCAUCAUCAAAAGAUCUAGAAACAAUGCUGGAGAGGGUGUGGAGAAAAGGGAACCCUCUUGCACUGUUGGUGGGAAUGUAAAUUGAUACAGCCACUAUGGAGAACAGUAUGGAGGUUCCUCAAAAAACUAAAAACAGAACCACCAUAUGACCCAGCAAUCCCACUACUGGUCAUAUACCCUGAGAAAACCAUAAUUCAAAAAGAGUCAUGUACCACAAUGUUCAUUGCAGCUCUCUUUACAGUAGCCAGGACAUGGAAGCAACCUAAAUGUCAAUCAACAGAUGAAUGGAUAUAGAAGAUGUGACACAUAUAUACAAUGGAAUAUUACUCAGCCAUAAAAAGAAAUGAAAUUGAGCUAUUUGUAGUGAGGUGGAUGGAACUAGAGUCUGUCAUACAGAGUGAAGUACCUCAUAGAAGUGGAAUCACAAUAUUUGUCUUUUUGUGACCGGCUUAUCUCACCGAGCAUAAAGUCUUCAAAACUCAGCCAUGCUGCAGCAGGUGUCAGAACUUCCUUCCUUCUUAAGUUCUCUUCGUUCUUGUGGGUCUACACCUUUGAAAAAUUCCUUUAUUGGAGGGAUUCCAGAAGGAGAGGAAAUAGAAGCAUGUGAUUCCGCAUGUAAGUCUCUCCUUUUAAAAUGUGAUGUCUCCAUUUCCAAGGGAAGUUGGUCAUCCCAGAUGAUCACAAGGAAGAGUUGGCCUCCAACACUGAAUUAUUCAGGUGAUAAAACUGAUGCACAAAGAGAUUAAGUAACUUGCUCAAGAUCACACACCAAAAUUUGGAGAAAGAAUAAACUCGGCACGCCUGCUGCAUCCUAAGGAUGAAGAAACUGGGGCCUGGAAAAAUUGUCUCUUGCGGAAGGCUGACCUCGUGGGAGAGCGAGCUGGGAUUGGUCUCAGGGCGUUUGGAUCUACUCUCUGUGGCCCACCACCACAUUAUGCUUCCUCCCUUUUCAGGAAUUUUCGCUAAGAGUCAGGGUCUUGCCUUCUGUUUGUAUUGUAGUUUCCAUUCAUAUUCCUCUCCUUGAGAUCCCUGCUUCAAAGUCCACUUUGUUGGGGUGGCUUUUAAGAGGUGCUGUUUAUAUAAAACUGAGUUCCCUCACAUUGGACUAAUGCAAAAGACACCAGAAUCCAUCACACGUACGAUGUUAAAAGAGUCCAAUAGUCCACGUUUAUCUCGGCAAGUGGAGGAGAAGCUACCGCCAAUCUACAAAGUGCGGGAGAAGCAAGCAGUAAAUAACAACUUCCCCUUCUCUGUACACGACAAUCGUCACAGCUUUCAGAACUCUGGAUUCUGCCUUGACUCUGGCCUGGGAUGUAAGAAGAUCUCCCCAGAAAAAAGGCAACACAUUUCAAGAAAUUUCAAUCUUUGGGCAUGUGACUAUGUUCCAUCUUGUCUCGAUGGCUUUUCAAAUAACCAAAUAUCAUAUGUCUGUCAGGAAGCUGUGGUGGUCCCAAUUUUCAGACGCUUUCCAAGACAUUAUAAUGAGUUAUGGAACACUUUUAAAUUUAUUCCCCAGCAAAGCUAUACAAAGUAUCUGAAAAAGAAUCCAAAAGUAAGGUUCAUGAUUAACAAAAAGGCUGGUUCUCCACUGGAGCCCUAACCCUUCCAGAAGAUUCUUGAUGAGUUUUGCAAUAUUGUUAUUUCAUCGCACAUUCUAAAAGUAUGUAUUUUCUGAUCCAGCACUGAGGUUUGACAUAAGAUUUGUUUAGGAUUAGAGAAUAUAGACUGUAUGUGCCUCAAUGCUGAGGUGAAGUUUUCUUACAGUGAUAACAUAAAGAAACAUAAAGUCCUUAUAUAGAGAAACCAGAAAGGCAACAGGUAAUGUUGCCACUCCCCCACCUUUAAAGUAUUUUUAUGGUUUUAAUAAGGUUGAAAAAUAUUCAGGUCCUUAUAAAAUAAAGAUACGUGAUGACAUACACAUUUUAAAUGAAUGUGUUUUAAACAAAAAUGUGCUUAAAUUUUGAAAUUGCCACAUUAACUUUUGGGAGAGGUUUUAAAUUACAUAAUUAAUAUAGGCUUACAUUUUCAUCUUGAAAUUGCAAACAAACAGAGAAAGCAGGAGUCCCCUUUGAUUUCACCACAUCUCUAAUCCUUGUCCUGUCCCCAGAAGUAAGCUAACCAUUUGUUUUGUUUUGUUUUGUUUUAAUUUGUUUAUUUAAUUUAUUUAUUUUUGUCUGUGUUGGGUCUUCGUUGCUGCACGCGGGCUUUCUCUAGUUGCGGCGAGCGGGGGCUACUCUUCCUUGCAGUGCGCAGGCUUCUCAUUGCGGUGGCUUCUCUUGUUGUGGAACAUGGGCUCUAGGCAUGCAGGCUUCAGUAGUUGUGGCACGCGGGCUCAGUAGUUGUGGCUCACGGGCUGUAGAACACAGGCUCAGUAGUUGUGGCGCACAGGCUUAGCUGCUCCAUGGCAUGUGGGAUCUUCCCGGACCAGGGCUCAAACCCGUGUCCCCUGCAUUGGCAGGCAGAUUCUUAACCACCACGCCACCAGGGAAGUCCCUAACCAUUUGUUUUUAUUCUGUGUUUUUACAAUCAGAUGCAUGUGCAUAACUAUUAAUACAUACAAAUUUUGAACAUAAACUGUAUUACACAGUACAUAUGUUCUUGGAGUACAUAACUGAUCUUGAAGUUCUUGCAGUGUCAGUAUGAAUAAACUACUGCACUGUAUCCCCUAAUAUGGAUGUACCAUGUUUUAAAAAACUAUCUGACUAAUGAGCCUUUGAAUUAUGUCUAAUUUUUGGCUGCCAGACGUGGUGCUACUUGAACAUGCUUUAUCGGGCUCUUUGGGUGCAUGUUUAAAUGUGCUCUGUAGUCAUCUCUGAAAGUUACCUUCUUAGUGCCAAGUUGGCCCAUAUGCACAGAGUAUUAAUAAACACUGCCAAACCACCUUCAAAAAAGACUGGACCGAUUAAACUUCCAUCAACAGUAUCUGUGAGUUUCUGUUUCUCUCCCCCCUCAAAUUAUCUUUUAGAUAUUUAAGGAUAUUUAAGGACAAAAAAAUGGUAUCUUGUAUUUUCUUAUUUUGCAUUUCUCUGAUUAUUAGUGAAGUUGGCCAUCUUUUCCCACUCAGGGGCCAUUUAUAUUGCCCUUUAAAUGAGCAAUGUCACCAUCAUUCUAUAUCAAAAUUUUCUUGUUUCUAUUUAAAUAUUUUUCUUAUAGAUGAAUUUUAGAAUAAGCUUGUCAAGUAAAUCCACUGGCAAUUUGAUAGGAAUUUCCCUGAAUUUAGAUAUUAAUUUAUAGGAGAAUCGACAUCUUUAUACCAUGGUGUAUCUCCCCAUUUAUUCAAAUCUUAUUUUCUGUUCUUUGGUAAAGCUUUAUAACUGUUUUUACAUAAGUAUGGUAUGUUUCUUUUCUGUGUUUAGUCCUGUAUAUUUUGAAAUGUGGCUCUCUUGAAUGUGUGUGUGUGUGUGUGUGUGUGUGUGUGUGUGUGUGUUUAAGUUACACUUUUAGGUUGGUUUUGUCUGAUGCAUAAAAAAGCUACUGAUUUCUGUAUGUGAAUCUUAUAUUUAUUUGAC